CCCGCCCAUUUCCUAUAACUAAAACGCUAUGAUAUUCGCGCGGUCCCGAGCGCUUCUCCUGGUUUUUCUGCGACCGAGGGCGCCGUUACUCACAGCACUAAAGAACGGCAUGGCGACGCGCUUUGACUUCCUAGUUAUAGGCGGUGGAUCUGGCGGAUUGGCCGGGGCUCGGAGAGCAGCCGAAUUGGGGGCAUCGGUGGCAGUGAUCGAGAGCCAUAAACUCGGUGGUACUUGCGUGAAUGUUGGGUGUGUGCCAAAAAAGGUAAUGUGGAACACGGCUGUCCACGCAGAGUACGUUCAUGAUCAUGAAGAUUAUGGAUUUCAUGGCAGCAAUGUCAAAUUUAACUGGCGGUUGAUCAAAGAAAAAAGAGAUGCAUAUGUUAAGCGACUGAAUGAUAUUUAUCAAAAUAAUUUAAAUAAGGCAAAAAUUGAAACGAUCCGAGGCCAUGCAAUUUUCACAUCGGAUCCUGAGCCCACUGUAGAGGUUUCUGGUGUUAGAUAUACAGCUCCACACAUCCUGAUUGCUACUGGUGGCUUUCCAGCUAUUCCUAGUGAGAAGCAAGUUCCAGGAGCAAGUCUUGGAAUAACAAGUGAUGGCUUUUUUGAACUUGAAGCCUUGCCGGGACGGACUGUAAUUGUUGGUGCAGGCUACAUAGCAGUGGAGAUGGCAGGAAUCCUUUCUGCACUGGGGUCUAAAACAUCACUGAUUUUACGACAGGGAAAGGUGCUGAGAAGCUUUGAUUCCCUUAUCAGCACGAACUGUACUCAAGAACUGGAAAAAGCUGGCAUCGAUCUUUGGAAGAAUUCACAGGUCAAAUCGGUACGCAAAGAUGACAAAGGUUUGGAGGUAACCGUAAUGACCAGGAAAGCAGAUGAACAAGAGAAGACCAGCACGAUCCAGGAUGUGGACUGCCUAUUGUGGGCAAUCGGGAGGGAGCCAAACACUAAAGAAAUGAACCUAGAAGUGUUGGGUUUAAAGCUAGAUGACAAAGGACACAUUGUCGUGGAUGAAUAUCAGAAUACCAGUCGAAAUGGCAUUUAUGCGGUUGGGGACGUCUGUGGAAAAGCUCUCCUUACUCCAGUUGCUAUUGCUGCUGGAAGAAAACUUGCACACAGGCUGUUUGAAGGGAAGAAGGACUCGAAGCUCGACUACAGCAACAUUCCAACGGUUGUGUUCAGCCAUCCGCCCAUUGGGACCGUUGGACUAACUGAAGAUGAGGCAAUUGUUACCUAUGGAAAGGAAAACCUGAAGACCUACACGACAUCGUUUACACCCAUGUACCAUGCAGUCACCGCACGAAAGACCCAGUGUGUCAUGAAGCUCGUGUGUGCAGGAAAAGAAGAAAAGGUGGUGGGCCUGCACAUGCAGGGGUUGGGUUGUGACGAGAUGCUCCAAGGCUUUGCUGUUGCCAUCAAGAUGGGCGCCAGAAAGGCAGACUUUGACAACACGGUUGCUAUUCACCCCACCUCAGCAGAAGAACUGGUGACGAUGCGCUAGGCCUCGGUCUCGUGUUACUUUUUAAAUAUUUUUUUUUUUUCCCUUUUAUUUUCUGGCUAACUCCCAACAAGCAACCCUUUCCUUUUUCUGACAGUGGUGCUCACUUUGGUGUCGAGUAGCUCGAUACUUGUGGAACAAAUUCAUGAGAGCAUUACACUUGGUAGUUAUUUAUAAAACAUUAUCUUAAUUAUGAUUAAACAUGAAUCGGUGAUCAAUCAUGAAAGGAUAUGAAAUGGUCAGAUUAAUCAGCCUCUCUUUUGUUUUGUUUUUUUUUGGACCCUUUGCUUGUCUGCUAUGGGCCUGCCUUUCUGUGCCUUAAUUACGUCAUGACGUUUGACAUGCUGUCUUUAUGUAUGCUUGGUGUUACACCCGUUAUAGUGUGAUGAAAUCAAUUAAAAAUAAGAAUUCUGAUCUGACAUGAUUUGUCUAUUGUGUACCUGAGGAGCAGUGUGUGCUGCUGCUGCUGUUAUGGGACGUGUAGCAAGUACUGCAUUACAAGACUGUUGUUCUGAUUAUCAAUUAUACUAUUAUUACUAUUAUCUUCUGCUGACAUUUCUAAUUUACUAAAUGCAAUGCGGUUUAAGCAAGACAUUCCAAAGUUAAAAUCUUCAGAAUCCAAACUAAGCAUAUGUGCUCCAUUGUCACAAAGCGACCUAGUGAAGCGGAUGCAGCAGGCCACCUCACAGCUCGAAGGUUCAGUUCUACGUAAGCUUUAUAUUUGUGAAUCCAGGGCCGAUUCCUGCUUUGUGCCUUGAGUUGCUGGGAUAGACCACAGUUACACGUAACAAUGUACAGAAACGGGCAGGUUCAAAAAUAAAUACGUGAAAGUGAUUUGUACAAA